AAUUACAAAGAUAUAUUUCAAUAUUUGUUUCCCUCUCUCUAGUCGCCGGAGAUCGAUCUGCUCAAAGAUCGAUCAUUUUUUGGUUUCUGAAAGCUUCGAUCGAGCCUCCAUAUUCUCUAGGAAGGAAUCAAGGAAUCGCCGAGGAGGCAUGUGGCAGAGUGCGACGUUUGCGGCUGUGAAAGGCUGCGUAGGGUUUCGCCUGGUCUUGGCGUGAUCAGGGAGAUCUGGCCGGGGUCAAACAGAUCGUCGAUGGCAGACGCUGGAUUCUGCUGUGGGAGUUCGCCGCUCAGAUCUUCGAUCACUCUCGGAGUGGAGAUGGCGCGAUUGAAGAGCGGCGUGGAAGGGAUUUUUAGGUCGAGAGAAAGAGCUCGAUACGCAAAAGUCCAAGCGACUGGUGAGCUUGAGGAUCUACCCUCUGAUAAACUACAGAAGAAAACAUCUGCGAAUGUGCUUCCGUAUGUUGGUGUAGCUUGCAUGGGUGCCAUUCUGUUUGGAUACCACCUUGCUGUGGUAAAUGGAUCACUCGAAUAUCUUGCAAAGGACCUGGGAAUCGCCGAAAAUACUGUAGUACAAGGUUGGGUUGUUAGCAUAGCCCUUGCUGGUGCAACAAUAGGUUCUUUCACUGGAGGUGCAUUGGCUGAUAAAUUUGGUCGGACUCGGACUUUUCAACUCAAUGCAAUUCCCCUUGCAAUUGGUGCAUUUAUCAGUGCAAUAGCCCAGGAUGUACGAACAAUGAUAAUUGGUCGACUGCUUACUGGAAUUGGGAUCGGCAUCUCUUCUGCUAUUGUGCCACUGUACAUAUCCGAGAUAUCUCCAACUGAAAUCCGUGGAGCUCUUGGAUCAGUAAACCAGCUUUUCAUUUGCAUUGGAAUUCUUGUGGCAUUGGUAGCUGGAUUGCCAUUAGCUGGAAACCCUUUAUGGUGGAGAACAAUGUUUACCAUUGCAAUCAUUCCCUCGGUGUUGAUGGCAGUAGGGAUGGCUUUCUGUCCAGAAAGCCCUCGGUGGUUGUUUCAGCAAGGAAAACUUUCUCAUGCUGAAACAACUAUAAGGAAACUAUAUGGCAAAGAAAAGGUUGCUGAUGUUAUGUAUGAGUUCAGGUCAGGUGGUGAAGGUUCAACUGAACCAGAUGCUGGUUGGCUCGAUCUUUUCAGUAAGCGCUAUAGGAAAGUUGUUAGCGUUGGAGCCGCAUUGUUCUUGUUUCAACAACUGUCUGGGAUAAAUGCUGUUGUGUACUAUUCUACAUCUGUAUUCCGCAGUGCGGGAAUUGCUUCUGAUGUCGCAGCUAGUGCUCUUGUUGGGGCGUCAAAUGUUUUGGGGACUGCUGUUGCAUCUUCUCUGAUGGAUAAGCGAGGAAGGAAGAGCCUCCUAAUAACAAGUUUUUCUGGAAUGGCUGUUUCCAUGUCUUUGCUUUCCUUGUCUUUCUCAUGGAAGGCACUUGCUCCUUAUUCAGGAACCCUUGCGGUCCUAGGCACCGUCUUAUAUGUGCUGUCCUUUUCGCUGGGCGCUGGCCCGGUACCGGCUCUUCUCCUUCCGGAGAUAUUUGCCUCUAGGAUCCGAGCUAAGGCAGUCGCAUUGUCUUUCGGUAUGCAUUGGGUCUCCAAUUUCAUCAUCGGUCUCUACUUCCUCAGUGUAGUGAACAAGUUUGGAAUCAACAAAGUCUAUCUGGGAUUCGCGGUGGCAUGCACUCUUGCUGUUCUUUACAUAGCCGGCAAUGUCAUGGAGACCAAAGGGCGGUCACUUGAAGAGAUCGAGCGCGCCCUCAGUGCUGAAGUUUGAUCCAAAGAGCAGCCAAAACCGCUCCGACCGCAAACAUCCAUGAUCGAAUUAGUGUCAUGUAGUUCUUUGUUGAUCUUAAAGCAUGAUUCUCUAUUUAUGCAUUGCAAGUUUUUUGAUAUU